CCGUCUUCAACAGUGGAAGUGAAUUUCUGAAAAUUUGAGUCUUUCAUGGCGACACUGGAGAUCAACGCGGCUCUGUUUCAAAGCUUGAAAUCUUUCAUCCAGCUCAAGAAUGUGCACGCCCGUCUCUUUCGAUUCAACCUUCAUCAGGACCGAUUUAUUCUCAACAUGCUUCUAAAAUCCGCUUUUCAUUUCAACCGCCCCGACUACGCCGCAGCGCUAUUCAGCGAGACGCAGCCCAAUUUCCAUUUAUACCACACCAUGAUUCGUGGGCUUGUUUCAAGAGAUCAUUUUGACGACGCCAUUAAAUACUUUCACGUGAUGUACCGCGAGGGAUAUUGGGCUAACAAUUUCAUAUUCGCUUUUGUUCUGAAAUGUUGCUUGAAGAAUAUGGACAUUAAACUUGGUAUGAAUGUUCAUUCUUUGAUUGUGAAACAAGGUUGUGAAUAUGAUUCACAGGCGAGUACUGGAUUAGUUGGAUUGUAUUCAAAAUUGGAGCGUCUGGUUGAUGCGCGGAAGGUGUUCGAUGAAAUGCCUGAGAAGAAUGUUGUUUCGUGGGCUGCGGUUAUGAACGGGUAUGUUAGCUUUGGGAGGUUCAAGGAGGCUAUUGACUUGUUUAGGGAGUCGCUGGAGGCGGGUUUGAAGCCGGAUAGCUAUACACUUGUUAGAGCAUUAUCUGCUUGCAGUCAGCUAGGAGAUUUGGUGGUUGGAGAGUGGAUUCAUAAAAAUGUGGUGGAUAGUGGGAUGGGGCUGAAUGUGUUUGUUAAUACUGCGUUGGUGGAUAUGUUUGUCAAGUGUGGAAAUAUGGAGAAAGCACGUGCCAUAUUUGAUGGGAUGCACGAGAGAGAUGUUGUUACUUGGGGCACUAUGGUGCAAGGUUAUGCAGCCUAUGGUUUUCCAAAGGAGGCUUUGGAAGUAUUUGGUAUGAUGCUGAGUGAGAAUUUAGGGCUGGAUCACUAUGUCAUUGUUGGGGUGCUCUCUGCUUGUGCCAGGCUUGGGGCUUUGGAGCUCGGGAAACGGGCUUGCAGCAUGAUGGAUUGGAACGUGUUUAUGUGCAAUCCUGUUGUGGGGACUGCCUUGAUUGACAUGUAUGCCAAAUGUGGUGAAAUGGCUCUAGCUUGGGAGGUUUUUGAAGGAAUGAAAACCAAGGAUCUUGUCGUUUUCAAUGCCAUCAUUUCUGGUCUAGCUAUGACUGGCCAUACUAAAACGGCAUUUAGUUGCUUUGGUUUGGUCCAGAAAUGUGGAUGGAAUGGUGACGGGAACACGUUUCUUGGUUUACUCUGUGGAUGUGUUCAUGCCGGACUUGUUGAUGAUGGUCAUCGUUUCUUCAAUGGAAUGAGUGACUUAUACUCUUUGGAUCCUACUAUUGAGCAUUAUGGAAGCAUGGUCGAUCUUCUUGCUCGAGCUGGUUUAUUAAACGAAGCUCAUGAUAUGAUCUUGAAUAUGCCAAUGAAUGCCAACGCCAUAGUUUGGGGAGCUCUGUUGGCUGGAUGUCAGAUGCACAAGAAUACUCGAUUGGCUGAGCAUGUAUUGCAGCAUUUAAUCAAAUUGGAGCCGUGGAACUCAGGGAACUACGUCCUUUUAUCAAAUAUUUACUCGGCUAAUAAGAAAUGGGAUGAAUCAGAGAGUAUUAGGGCAGUCAUGCAAGAGCAAGGGAUUCAGAAAGUGCGCGGCUGUAGUUGGAUAGAGGUGGACAGUAUUGUGCACGAGUUCCUCGUUGGAGACACAUCCCAUGCUGUGUCAGAUGGGAUAUAUGUUAAACUCUCUGAGCUGGCCAGAGAACUAAGAGCAGCUGGUUUUGUGCCUAGCACGGAAUAUGUGCUGUUCGAUGUAGAAGAGGAGGAGAAGGAGCAGUUCUUGGGCUGUCACAGUGAGAAGUUGGCGCUUGCAUUUGGCCUAAUUGCAACGGAAGAAAAUUGUGUUAUCCGGAUAGUUAAAAACCUCCGUGUAUGUGGCGAUUGCCAUGCAUUCAUCAAGCUCGUGUCGAAGAUUACAGGGAGGGAAAUUAUUGUUCGUGAUACUAACCGUUUCCAUCAUUUUGUCAAUGGGUGGUGCUCGUGCAGAGAUUAUUGGUGAAUCGUAGCAACUAGCAUUAUAUCAGUCAAAGCACCAUGUUAGCAAAAGAGGAAACAUGGGUAUUGAAGUUGGGAUUGAUGAAGAGCAAAGGGUCUAUGAGAUGUUAUAGGCAUGGCAAGGACUCGAGAUCUGAAACACCAAAAAUGCAGCCUCAGACACAGACAGUCACCACGAGGUCCACGGCCAGAUUUUGGAAGGCAUCAUUCAAAGUAGAUAUCAGCCAGACUCAUGAGUUGAGCCCAAUUCAAAGUCAGCAAACUGUUGAUCAGUUCAUAUGCAGCAGUUCAAGGUAAUAGUGAACAAACUGUUUGAUCAUGUGUUUUGCAACAAUAUCAUUUCUCCUUGUAUUUUUUUAUCUCUGCGAGUAUUUUUUUAAAACUAUAAAUGUAGCCUUAUAACUACGUUAUAAGGAGGUGAUUAGUACCCCCUCCGUCCCUCUGCAGUAGAGGCGUUUCAUUUUCAGCACCUGUUUUGGAAAAAUAAUAAUAAAUAAUUAAAGUAUAGAAAAAGUAACGUAAGAGAUAUAAUAAUAUAGAUGAGACUCUUAUCUAUAUUAUUCUCUCUCUUAUUUUACUCUCUCUACACUUUAACUAUUUAUUAUCAUUUUUUCAAAAUAAGUGCUCAAAAUGAAACGCAUCUAUUACAGAGGGACAACGGAGGGAGUACUAAUUAGAUAGUACAAAUAUUUCUAUCUCUCGUAUAUUUCCUCACUUUUCUAAUUCAGC